UCUUGACUCAACUCGACUCGACGCGGUUUGAAGUUUACAUUUGGUGUGGUGUGCGAGGCUGUAAGUAGUAGGAACGACGAAGAGGAAGCCGAAAAAACCCGUCCAGUCGGUUUCUCCACUUCCAGCCAGGCAGUCAGUUCUAUGGCUUAAGCUGCUGGCACGUCGUGGCUCUGCUCGGCUUGGCUUGAACGGUUCUUGUAGCUCUUGAAAAUACGAUUUUGAUUACGAAAAAAAAGUUAGGACUUUGUGGAUUACCUUGUGUUUUGCCACGUUUGUGGCGUGUUCCGGGGUGAUAAGAACAUUCGUCAGAUCGUGUCCGUGUGGCAAUACGUGCUUGUGUUUCGUUUUGCGUGCAACCGUCAUUCAGGUCGUGCGAUCGAAGUAACAGCUGGAAUAUAACCUCAAUGCACCUGAGAGGUAUCUUUCCGAAAGAUGCAAAGUCAAGUAGUGUAGAAAUUCGUCAGGGUGGUGCUCGAAAACGAUGACGAAACGUGACUUCAGGCGGUGAGCGAAACUGACAAGCAGCAGUCAGUCGCGGAUGUCAAAAUCAAACCUCGAUCGAAGUGAGUGAUUUUCUACCUUCAGAACGGCGGUCGAUGUUGUGCACAAGAAGCAAGAAGCUGUGGUGAAUAUCAACGACCUUUUCCGCGCGCACGGUGCUCCUACGAUCGACGGGAAUGACGACGACGACGGUGCACCAGGGGCUUUGAUUUGGCGAAUCGCGCGAUCAGGUUUUUCCUGCUUUCAUCCGUCCGUUGGCUACGGACCAACAGAAGUAAGGAAGGUUGGUUCUUUGGUGAUGGUUUUGUUUACCACGCAAGAAGUGUGUCUAAAGAAAUCAAAGUGGAUUAAAGGCGAAGUGAGUUUCAUACGCAAGAAAUCUGUAAGUUUGAAAUAGUUUACCGUGGAUGAGAAGAGUGCACAAUGCUACGAGUCAUCAACUAGGCUAGCCGUAGUGGCAGAAUAAACGUGGCAAGUGUCUUCAUUUCAUGACGAAGCUACAAUUAUUUACAGCGAUAAGAAAGGUCUUGGGCAAGUCGUAAAUGCCAGUCUGCUGACACGCAGUUGUAGACCGAAGUGUUGUUCUAUAAAAAUCGUGCUCUUCGUAUUGUUAUACGGCGUCAACAAUCGGACGAUUUAGAUGGAAAAAUAGCCGCAGCCACCCAGAGGAUGAAACUUCCGGUGAUAACGGAAUCGAUAUUGUUUGCUACCUGCCAAACUUAGCACCAGCAGAAGGUGCAAAUCAUACAUCACACUUAGUUGAAUAAGUAAGUAGGAAAAGUGCACCCAACACUAUGGCCUCAGUCACAGCGACCGAGCAAGGCGUAGGUCCUCCUGCUCCAUUGGCAACAGCACCGACCGGCGAAGGUGACCUGCCAUACAAUUGUUCCGUGCGAAUGCAUGCUAAUUUGAACGGGAACGCUAACGAUGUCAGCCAGGUUAGCCAAUGGGAUGAUACCAGCAUUGGUGGACCAACCACUUUCCGUGUCGGUCAGUCCUGUACUAAGCGGAUUCCCAAUUCCGAUGCGAUGGGGAAUGCAAUCGGUCAGGAAGUGUCCAGUCGUGGAAAAGUGUACCACCGCCACGGUGAGGAUGAUCAAAGUGAAAUAAACCGAAAUCUUCUGUACGAGGAAAAUAUGUGCACGUUUGAGAAUUUCUGCGAGAAAAGCGGUGCGGCGCGGGGUGAGAGUGAGUCAGAAGAGGGUGCGACAGGUGGUGAAAGUAUAGAAAAUUUCUGCACGCUUCGAAAGAAACGACCGCAGCAACCAGCGGAGCAAGAAAGUGGUUCCAGUCGCAGUGGUGUGAAAGAAACAUCUCUCACGAAUCGAGUGAUGGCACCCUCGGCGGUUGAUCCGAUCGGGAGCUUCUGUACACUGAAGAAAAAGAAGCUGAAAUUGAAUCAGAAGUUUGUGGAAAGUUUUCUCGAAGAUCCGAAUGCCAAGCUGCACGACUAUCUGUCGGAGUUGGAUGCAUACUUGGAUGAGAUCGAUGGUUUGGGGCUGUCAGAUGACGAAUCGGGGGACGACGGGUUGAAUGAUGAUGAAGUGCAGCAAGUGGCUGAAGUGGGGGAAACCGGUGGCGAAGAUUCGGAGAAGAAUCUAGAAAAAGUAAACGAAGAGGAAAAGGGUUGUGCCACUUCCAGCGCAGUGAGCUACAUUAACAUCGAGAAUUUCUGUACGCUACCGAAGAAGAAAAGGGUGCAAUUUUUAACGGCAUUUAACCGGGCUGGUCCCUUCCGAAGAACCUUCGUAGCCUCCGGCAGUGGUUGCGAUAGGCGAGAGGUGAUUGCUGAAACGGAUGAAUCAUCGCUACCGACCGAUCGUGACCUAGCUACUGGUGGAGUAGGUUACUCGGAAGAUUCAACACGAAAUGCUGAUCCCUCGACAGAACCAGCCUCCACUGCUGCGUCCGAUCGGAGACCAGCCUCGAGACGCACCUCCACGUGGCUGCGCAAUUCUAUGCGCAAAACUCGUCCCAUCGCAUUACCCGAUCAACUAGAGCCAGUACAAGCAACAGCGGUCGACAGUUGCACCAGUAUUAAUUCCGUGCCCGAUCGGGCCGAAUCCCCGAUUCCACAUCCUUCACCCAAGCCACCCUCGAUAAGUGGCGAUCAGGCGACGCUAGAAGACUAUAACGAGCUCAGCUCUAUCACCACGCUUCCAGUUUCCGACUUGGAAACCAAUCCAGUUGAACCGGCGAUUGUUCCUGCUGCUCGAAGGAACUCAUUCAGCACCCCUGUGGAAUAUGACUUCCAUUACGAUGACCAACCAAAAGCAACCACUCACGCAAUCGAUCGGACCACCGAAGAACUUGUUCCCUAUCUAGCAACGGCAACGCUAUGUGAACGGGCGCCACCGCUAGAGGUGAUUCUACACAGUCCUACCCAAACGCAUCGACCCCGUCAAACGGGACGCCGCUCGGAGGAACGUCCCCGAGUUGUGUCCAUCACUGCCGAACGGGAUGCCGUAACGAAUCAGCUAAUCAUCCGGACCAACAGUGUUCCGGCAACGAAUUCACCACAUCAUCAUCGCCAGGCGUCAUCACGCCACGUGGAGACAUCCCACAGUCCACCGCAGAUCGGCAGUCUGCAUCAUCAGCAUCGUCAUUCGCAUCAGCAUCACCAACGGUACCGGGAAAUGGGUUCGGAAACAAGCUCGAUCGGUUCGUCCCGGAAUCCCAGUCCAGUGUCACUACUCUCGACAACCACGUUCAGCUCGACUGCGUCCGGUGCCGAACCGGAAAGGUCACGUUCAAGGCCUGACGAGGAAGGACGUGACGUAACCAGUUUGGCAGCGGGUGUUGAAUCGACCACGGCUGCCAGCAGUAAUGCUACCACCACACGGACUGGUUCCCUUCACUCGACGCCUGGUGUCGGUAGUCAAGAGGAUGACGAGAUCUCCGAUUCAUCGGAUGAGGAAUCUGAACCGGAGAUGGAUCGCAAUGGACGACCGAAGCCGAGAUGGCCCCAUUUGAUGUCUCGCUCGAUGGCUGUUAGCUUUUGCACGCUCGGACUGUUCAACAUAUCUCGCUUCGCCGUUUUUAGUAUCCAUUUCGGGGCGAAUUUUAUUGUGCAGUUUUUGAUUUUUACGUUCCUAUUCGGGAUUCCGAUGCUGUGGCUACAGAUGGUGUUGGGAGCUCGCAUUAGAGGAGGACCCGUCACUAUGUGGCGCAUCAGUCCCAUAUGUAAAGGCAUCGGAAUCGCUCUCAUUCUAGCACAAGGACUAGUCUCACUUUAUUCGGCAAUUUCUCUCAGCUGGGUUUUAGUUUACUUCCGAGACUCAUUUGUGUCGCGCAGCGAAAAGUACCGUUGGCAGGAAAUUUUCGAACUGUACCGAGGCCCCGGUAAUCAAUCGUUCCGGCUGUCGGAUACAGUAGCUGAUUACUUCAACGGAGUAGUUCUUCAGCGCUACCAGCUUGGACCGGGCGUUCGAGGAGUCAGCGGAAUAGGAGCCGUACGUUUUCAGCUUGCUUUCAACCUAGCCAUCAUCUGGACGCUUGUGUUUGUUGUACUCUGCAAAGGAAUCCGAUCGUUUGGAAAGAUUGUUCUCGGAUUAUUUAGCGCGGCGAUGAUUGGCCUUAUCGCCAUCUGCUCUAAGUUUCUGACAAUGGUCAACUACGACAGCGUGCAAAGCAUUUUUCCGGCCACCGAGUGGCAAGACUUUUUUCUCAACUCUCGCAGCUGGAUGAGCGCAGCCCAGGAGACGUUCCUUACGUGGGGACUUCUCGGGGUGUCGAUUUAUUCCAUCAGUUGCCGAACGAACAAAGGCGGUGGACCCCGCAAGACCAGACGUGAAUUGCGCAGAGAUGCACUGCUAGUGGUGCUGUUCACCCUCACCGGACUGAUGCUGGCUGCUGUCUUUGGUAGUGCUUGUGUGCAAAUUCUGAACAGCAGAGGUUAUUACUACUUUCCUGGAUCGUACGAAAACAUCGGUACGGACAUUUUCCUGCUGCCAGCGGAUCAACCUCUUCCCCCUCAGCAUGCCACAAUGCCCACGAAAUGGCUCAUCCGAUACUCGAUGGUACUGGGUGAAAGUUUCAAGCGACCGUACGCUAAUCCGCAUCAGGAAAGUGGCUUCCAGGUACUUCGACUGAUAACGGAGCUGUUUCCAUCGACGCUGGCAGCCGCCACCCAAGACCGUAUCGCUCCCAUCUGGAGUUUAAUAGGAUUUCUCACGCUGUUGCUCUUUGGGCUGGGUCAGUUGUGUGCCAUGUGGAAACCAAUUGCCGGAGCAAUCGGUGAUUCGCCGUCAUCGAUUGUACUCAGCUGCGUGACUGGUCUAUUUAUGGGCAUUCCACUGGCAACCGAGAGUGGAAUCACUAUCAUUCACUAUCUGGAUAUGGUUCUAGGUGGAGCCUGGUGGCUACUGCUGCUUUGGGUUGGACAUAUCAUGGCUAUUUUUCUCGUUCGUGGAAGGCCUUUCACCAGUGAUCUAUUAGUCAACGACCUUCGUCUUACCCAGUCACUGUCAGCGUUUUUGGCCUUCGCAUGGAACUUUUUACUUCCAAUCGGCAUGAUAUUUCUGUGCAUCCUAGAAUAUCGAGUUUCGAACGCGAAUGCAUUUUUCAAUUGGAAGCACGGAGGUUACUGGCCCCUGUGGGCUCGUCAAAUCGGAGGUUUCAUUCAGGUUGCUUUCCUACUGAUGGUACCGACUGUGACGGUUGUGCAAAUCUAUCGAUAUCUAAGCCGAGGGCCACCGGAUAUUCUCGAGCGAUUUGAUCGUCUAUUGCGACCAACGAUGGGAACCUAUGAUUCACCAGCGCACAGCGCUCGCUUACAGUACACACGCCGCCCUGCGCCUCCAUUGCCAGUGCGAACUAUCAACUCCAACCAGACGGUUAUUUCAAUCGAAUCACGGCCUCCACAAGAUGAUGCUCCACCAAAAUACACACCGCCACCUUCGUACACGACGGCCACCGGCGCUAGGAUUGCUAAGAUGCUACGAAACAGCAUUCGACGGAGUGUUAGAAGAAUAAUGGGCGAACCAAGCGGCAACCGUCAACGCAGUGCUUUGCCUCAGCAACAUCACAUUUCGCAACAGGGCUCUGCCAAUCCAGCCGGUGACGAACUGCCGCCGCCAGAUUAUUCCUCGAUUUUAACCGAAGCCACAAACCAACUGUUUAUUCCAACCGGCGGCAUCGAAAUGGGACCUCGGGUGCUGUACAACAGUGAAACACUAAGCGGCCGCCGACGGCAUCGGUCUUUAACUACCGCUCAGCAACAACAGCAGCAGCCGCAAGCAAACCUUACUGCGACUGAUGUCCUGCAAAUUCUACGUCCAGCUACGAUAUCAGUCCCGCAAGCUGGCCAGCAAGCAAAUUUGGCACCAAUUAAUCUGAGUCGGAAUCCUUCCUUCGUUACUGCUACCGCUUCAUCCGCUAUCGGUUAUGGUAACAUGGAUCUGGUGGUACGUAAUAGCCUCUCCCGGCGCCAUUCGAUUGGCAGUUCGGUCGAGAAUUUAAUACUAGGCGCAGCACCUAUAGGCGAUUCCAGCAUCAUAACCCUGGCCGUCGAAGAAGAUGACAACCGGUGCGAACGACGACAGAACGGUAACGAUUCUGUGAUAUAGAAACAGCACAGGUUGGUGCGAGUGUUUACUUUCUUCUACAAAUUGCACCUAGUAGCGUUUACUGCUACUAGUAUCGGUAGCAGAGCACAUACGCUUCUUGAUUUUUCCUAUUGCGUGCUCUUUCGUGCAAGUUUUGUGCACUACAACAGUGCGGUAGAAUAGAACAAACGAAAGUUUUUCUUUCUUUAAUUAGGUAAGAAUAUUUAAACAACACUAUUUAGAUGUUAUGAUAUAUAUAGCAGAUACACGAAACAAGCUUUGUAUAAACGAUAAGCUUAGUGCAACGUAUGUUUCAGCUUUAUUACGUUGAACCUAUGCUGCGGAGAUUGUGUAGUAUAAGUUCGAGCUGAAUCCGUCCGUUAUUAUAUUAACGUAGAACAAAACAAUAAAAAAAUGCAGUUGCGUGCCUAAAGCUGGCAGCGGGUGUGAAUUAGAAAGAAUUGUCCUUUUUGAGAGCUUUUUUAGGUAACGCGUUUAAUAAUAAAUUACAGAAAACGUUGCACCAAGAACUAGCAGAGAGAUACUGAAAAAUAUGUACUACUACAGGCUUCGAGUUCAAUACUAACUGAA